GGUUAACGUCGAGCCAUUUAUGAUUACCUAUCAGGGACAUCGCAGGAAACCCUAUUUUAAAAUGCGAUAGUGAGAGGGGAAAAUGUCUCUAAGGGGGCCUAUGAAGCAUUCACACCUGAGACAGGUGAGUGCUGCUAGUCUAGAGACUCUCUCUACCGCUCGUUCCCUGGCAGUAUCUCAAAAUGAUGGUCAGAGUGAUAACCCAUCAACUCCCGAUGAGAGAACAAUCCGGCUAUCAUCUACCGGCUUGGAUCGGCGGCAGUGCUCGUUAUGGGUUCAUGAUGAGACUUUCUCCAAGGAGGAAAUCUUAUUCAAUCAGACUGCGUUCACCGACAUGGGCGUGAAUGUUGGCGAUGUCAUCGAGAUAUUACCUGCUCGCUGCCACGGGGAUGGCGCGCAUUCCGUUAAACCAGAUCUCGGCUCGAGAUCUGUGCGCGAUGGACAUGUUGAAUCGAACUCUACAUUUCAUUCAAACUCAAUGUCCAAGUUCAAGACCCCUUUACAAAGCCGGUGCCUCUUUGUGGUCAAACCCAUGCCGCAAGAGAUAAAGACAAGGAAUCCCAAGCUGGAGCUCUCGCUCACCACCAGUAUCGCCAACAUAUUCGGGUUUAAGAACCGGGCUACAGUUCAUAUCUCGAUUGUAGACCGUGCGCAAUGCGGUGCCUCGCAUGUUGAUAUCUCCUUCCGCGACCAGUUCAUGGUCCGGUCUGAUAUGUGGAGAUUAGUCAUGUCGGAGCUGGCGGAGAAGAUUAUUUACAAAGGCCAAAAAAUCGUAUUCAUGGGAAGUAUCAAGGCAACCGUAAAGAAUAUCUUCAUCCGAGGCAAAAAGGUCCUUUCGGGCUUCUUCUCUCCGCAAACUAUCCCCGUGUUCCGCAGCGAAUCGGCAAAGUACGUCUUGUUCAUUCAGAUGUCACGGGAGAUGUGGGAUUUCGACUCGGAAGGUACGGGGGACAUUCUAUUUAGCAGAGUCAUCAAUGGGUUUCUCCCUGAAUUGUUUAAACGGUGGGCCAAUUCAGAUGCGAGACAUCUAGUUACCAUCGUUUUGUUCACGCGGGUUGAGUAUGAUGCAUCGACGAUCGCCUCUUCCAGUCUUGGUUCGGAGAACUUGACGAGCAUGUUUGGUCCGAACCACGUCCCCACGAGGGACUUCUAUCGAGUAGUGGUUAAUGAUAUGGCAAGCGGUCAUUGGACUACUAUUUUGGACGAACUAAAGAAGGAUUUCAGAACCUUUCUGAGGGACGUGUCGACCCUCAAAGUGCACGAUGCGGAUACUCCGACGAUCAACGGAACUGGAGCCUCAAAAUUCCAACCCGUAACCAUUGCAGGGAGACCAAGUACUGCCCUCCGUGGCAACAUACUUGAAGCCAUUCACCUUGCAUCUUCACACCUUGCGUUUGACCAUAUCGACCGUGAUAUGGUUCAUACAGGCACCUCCAUCAUAGUCAUCACACCCGGAAGCGGCGUUUUUGAAGUAUCAUACGAAUCAUUAGCGUCCACCACAGAAGCACUCACAAACCGCGGCAUCGCUAUUGACCUUGUUUGUCUUAGCCCUAUGCCCCUCCACUCUGUGCCCUUGUUCAAGUAUCGGGAGCCAGCCCAAAGACCAACUACUGCCUCAUUCAGCGAUAUUCAACAGGGAGGUUAUUCCCCUGAAAUGCGCCAUUCGUUUGCCAGCUUAUCAAGUAAGACGCCGCACCUUUCCCCGAAGUCAGCUCUUCUCGAAUCCUUCACGGGGAUGGGUUCUAGUGUACAGUGGUCUAGCCGGUCAAAUGAGUGGAAUUACGGCAUCCCUCACUGGCUUGAUAUCUCAUAUUGGAACCCUGAAACAUACAGGGAGUCUCGGCGUAUCUUGAAGAAAGACCCUAAUGCACCUAUUCCGUUCACUGUAACCAAACAGUCGAAGGUCUUUGUCCCGCGGGUGCGGAUGUAUGAAAUCCAAAUGAUGGGUGUUAUGGAGAGUGAACAAUCGAACAUAUCAAUCCCGUACCUCUCUGAGGGGCGGAGUGUCUCUAGGUUAACCAGCUCCACCCUCGACUCAAGCCCAGGUAGCCUUGUUCCGCCUAAAGCCACCUUCAGGCGCAAUUCUCCCUUCAGGCAUCAGCUGAGUGACAGUCUACGACCGGAGCCUUUUCUUCAGAACAUGACAAGUUCAAAGGAUGCGAUGCUUGCUGCAUCAAAAAAGACGCCAAAAACUUUUCUCUCUUGGAUGGAUAACUAUGAUGAAAAUGCGUUCCAGCCCUUCCCAAAACGGCGACAUCGCCGUAAGCCAUCAAAAGUGAAACGGCCUAGUGAGCCAGAGGUGAAAGCGUCUAACGCGCAUGAACGAAUUUCUGCUAGAUCGAUAUCGCGCCUUAGGGAAAAUGAAAGUACUCGUUCAGCAUCGCGCCAGACUGAACCCCCACUUUCAGCCCCCAAAAGCCCUGUGUCUAGCAAAAGCGCCUCUCCCAAGAAACCAGCUCUGAAAAGCUCUAAAGCAAAGCUGCCACGUAUAUCGCGUACAAUUAGCUUCGCUCUUCGCGGCCUAAAUUCUACCCCGCCGAGAGCUCAGGCGAGCACAGAAGUCAAUGUGGAACAUGCCAGAGGCUUGCCGACGUCUAAUCAGAAGAAGUCAGCUGGUAUGUUUGCGGACAAUAGAAGUGUGGAUUCUUUGAGUGCGUCAGAUAGCGCAUCCACCGUGAUUGACUUAUCCGCGUCUCCAGCAACACCUCAGAAAACAACCAAGAGCACGUCCAUUACACCAUCGAGGCCGAUAUCGAUCAAAGUGCCCCCCAAACAACCUCUGGAAGACUCGGAGCAGCCAGAACACCCAGUCAUAAUGGAGUCGGUCUCAACCACUACCACGGAGAUUCCUCUAAACGGGGACGCUCGCCUUGGGGGGCAGCCAAUACGGCAUACCCCUAGAUUUGAGGUGAGCCUGAGUUCUGGGUCGCGCGACGGGCCCUCAAAAUCUCCGCAUAGCAAAGCACUGGCCCCUUGGGUUCGCUCGAUUAAUCCAUGCAACACCCCAAGAGAGGUGUUACGGGAUACUAGCUGGUUUGGGCGAUGGCAACAUGCUUAUCCAAGGCCUCCUCAUGUUGCAGUGGUCAAGUGGAAAAGCUUGAAGUCACCUGCCGUCCUCCCACUGACAACAGAAGAAUUCCCCACGCCAAAUGAACUUGCAUCAGACUAUCUUCAAACACCAUACCGUGUUUUCCCAAAUGAUGAUCUUGAAGGCAUCGAAUCCCCUAAAACAAGAAGCGUGCUCUUACGGGAAAUGAUCUCGCUACGUCUUUCCCACGGGUUCCAGAUUGUUGUUGGGAAGAAUGUUGUUGAAGCGUCAGGACAAUAUUCCCUCCAGUCACCAAAUGUGUUUGACCCUCAUGGUUUAGAAAGGGAUGGAACCACUGUCUUUUUGUCCAAAGGUAAUUCAAUCCAUCGAUUAAUUUGUAUUGAUGGUGCAGAGAUUGAGGUCACGCGAUACACACAUCGAAACUCCUCGCUUCUAGCAUCUGAUCAGAAAAGAAAAUUCACUCUGUAUUCGCCGGCGAUGAGAACAAUCUUGAGUCCCGAAUACGUGGUGAAGGAUAUAAGAUUAGACUCGACCUAUGAGGAGUACAAUUGGAAUUACGCUGAUAAUUAUGUGGCUGGUCAUCGAGACUACUUGUUCAAUCCAGCUCAACAACUACACUUCUGGCGUGUGCGCUACGUACUGAUUCCGAUGCGUUUGCACUUCCAUUCUCGGGGUCAUAUACAUGGGUUCAACGAAGACAAUGAAGAAGAAAUCCAUCUGCUCGGCAUAAAUCAGCUUACGCAUAUAUGGCAGCGCCACAAGUACACCCCUCCGGAGGAGAAGCGGUUUGAGAGCUCCAACAAGAAGAGGGAUCACAAUCCUCUCAACAUCAUGUAUCAAACCCGGAACCCAUCCGAGGUUAUUGCGGCUGAAUUAGACCGUAUCAUACUCACGGAUCCCGGUCUCGACUCGUCUCCUGCACAGCUACUGCCAGAAUCAGAGUUACUCGAACGAUCUAGUAUCAGUCUAUCGUCCUUAGCGCAGAUAAUCCAGGGUGACAAAGGAGUUAGGAUGAUGGAUCGAAGGUGGCACUGGCGACUUCAUUACAAUUGUUUCAUUGGUUUCGAAUUCACGACUUGGCUGCUCCAAAACUUCCGCGACAUUGACAGCCGGGAAGAAGCGGUCGAAUUUGGCAACGAGCUAAUGAAGCACGGUCUCUUCCAGCAUGUAGAAAAGCGGCACAAUUUCCGGGAUGGGAAUUAUUUUUAUCAGAUCUCUAGCGAGUAUCGUCUCUCGCGGCCUGAAUCUCGCGGUAGCUGGUUCCCUCAAAUACGAUCGGACAAAUCUGUUCCCUCAACUCCGGCGGGUGAGACCUCGAAAGACUCGCCUAUAUGUGGACAUACCCGCUCCGACAGCACUGAAGAGACACAGCCACAAACUCCAAGUACACCGUCAAAGCUGAAGAAUAAAGCGUCCAUCACGUUAUCUAAAACUAUGAAAUACGACGCCGACCCUCGCAAACGCUCCAAUCGACCCGAGGUCAUUGAUCUUCAUUUCGAUCGGCUGCAUAACCCCGAAAAUUGUUUCCACAUCGAGCUCAGCUGGAUGAAUACCACCCCAAAACUGAUUGAGGAUGCGGUUCUGUCGUGGGCUUCGACAGCCGAGAAGUUUGGACUUAAACUCGUCCAAGUUCCUAUUGCUGAGGCCUGCGCCAUUGACAAAACGCAGCCAUUUCGGAAACCAUACCGAGUUCAACUCAAGGUCCCUCCUCCCAGAGGGCCUAUUACACUUCAUUACAACUCGGGAUCAUUCUCCCAGCCAGUUCCAUUAGACCACCAGUACUUUCAUAAAGCGCUUUUGCGAAAAUUUGACUUCGUCCUAGACUUCGAGGGCAGGUCUUCUUAUCCCGCGGAUGUCGAAGUGUCAUAUUCCUGGGGAAUGCCUGACUAUCAAUAUUCGCAGUAUAUCCACCGGUCUGGUAGUCUUCUAGCUCAGAUCACUGACGAGGGUGACUUCCUACUUCUUGCCAACCGGCUUGUCAGCACACGAAGUGCUGCCAGCCGAGACAUGCCGAGACAUGAGCGAUUAGACCGGCCCGACCACCAUCGAGCACGUGCGGGGACUUUCGAUCCGGUAGACCGUAUAUCUCCACGCCUUUCGCCCAUGGCUCGACCGGUUCACGAGAUCUAUAGCCCUCUGAGUCCUCGGGGAAGCGCGAGCAUUGAUUCCGCAAAUCUCUAUCGAGCUCCCGAGCAUAUUCUUAGUGGGUUUGCAGACUUCUGCAAUGAUCCGGUUAGACUCGAGCAAUUCUACAAUGAGACACAUGUGCGCCCGGCUUCGACCAAAGUCGGCCCAGCACCCACUACGUUCAUGGACGCGUCCAUACCUUCUCUUGAAUUACCUGCCAGUGUUGUUAGCCAUCAUAUAUCCCCCCCGCCUGGUCUCCCAUCAAGAUGCUCGCAAAACAUAGCCGCUCCUUUGUCUGAGCUGAGAACCCCAUCGCGGGAUGACAGCAAUGUACCCAGAGGAAGUCCAAGGAGCGGCAGCUUGCGACCACUUUCUCUGGGAUGAAACUUAAAUCGUACGCAUGAUAUACUUUGCACUGUGACAUUGGUCUGGAAAUGUAAUAAUGAGAUUUCACUGAAAAGUACCGGAGGUUUAGGCAGAGUUCGAACAUAUACCUACGGAUGUUAGUAUGCAGUCCUAUUUAGCGCUUAGACAAA